AUGUCGACUCACGGAGGUAGUAUUAAACCAACCAGUAAUAGCGAUCCCUCAAAUCCAAUCAGAAAAAAAGUGGAGUCAUUGGUUUCGCAAAAAUUACACACUGAUCAGGAUUUUUUAAAAAUGAUGGAUUAUGUUGCACCAAUCGUGAAAGAAAUUGAUAUUCAUGUGGAACGGAAGUUGGUAUAUGAGUUAGAGGAACGAAAAAUUAAAGCAAAUCGGGAAUACAUGAAAGCUUUUGGAUUGGUAAAUGAUCGGGUGCAAGAUUUCGUGGCCAAAGUCAUGCAGUUGAACGGUAUAUGUCAGGAUAUGACGCAUAAAAUACAGUCGAAUAAAGCGAAAACCCAAGAUUUACUAGCAAGAACUGCUGCAUUGCAGAAUGCGAAGAGAACACUUGAGAAAAAACAGGUAGCGAUUGAUGAUUUCUUGAGUCGUUAUUCAUUAGCACCUGAAGAAGAAGCUGCUCUGAAAGGUUCCGAGGCUGAUGGCACAGUUGACACAAAGUUUUUUGCGGCAUUACAACGUGUGAAGCAGAUUCAUGAUGACAGUAAACAACUUCUACGAUCUUCUGGAGAGCAUCUUGCAGCAUUGGACAUAAUGGAAGAAAUGGCAAAUAAAUUGGAAGAAGCGUAUGAAGUGCUCUACCGUUCAAUUCAGCGAGAGUGUCGACUGCUUAAUGUGGAAUUCUUGGAACUGAAAGGAGUUUUGGUACAAUCAGUUGCAGCGCUUCAAGACCGUGAAGUGCUUUUCAAGUAUGUCUUAGAUGAGUACACUACGGCACGAAGAAAUCAUGUAGUACGAGCAUAUAUCGAUGCACUGACACGAGGAGGUGCUGGAGGUACACCCAAACCAAUUGAAUUGUUGUCUCAUAACCCGCUGAGAUAUGUCGGUGAUAUGCUUGCAUGGAUUCAUCAGGCAAUGGCUACCGAAAGAGAACUUUUACAAGCACUGCUAAAAUUAUGUCGUCCAGAUGUUUUGAAAGAGAACAGCAUUGGUAUGCAAAGUCAAAUUUCUGAAGCACUUUGUCGCCCGUUUAAAGUUCGUGUCGAACAGGCUCUCACAACUGAAACGAAUUGUAUUGUGCUUUAUCGAUUGUCUUGUCUUUUCGCUUUCUAUCUCGAAACAAUGGCCUCUUCCUUGAACUUGGAUUCGAUGUUAAUUCAGACAUUCAAAGAGUUGAAAGAAUUGACGUUAAAUUUGUUUUUCAGUGGAUUACAUUCCCUAGUUCAGAAGCUCGUUGGAAAGAUAGGUACGCCUGAUUAUGAUUUGCUUCCUGUAUCCGCUGUCCACCAGAUACUGGUGCUACUCAAAGAUGUUCUGGAAUCACAUGAUGGUGCCGUUGUUGCUGUGGCUGAUAAGAAAGAAAAUUUUGAAAAGAUCUUUACUGCUGUUUUGGAUCCGCUGAAUCAAGCAGUACAGUUAUCAGCGACACAACUUCAUUCACCUAUUGAUGUUGCCGUUUAUACUCUUAACUGUCUUUCCGCUGUGAAUGCUGCUAUAGUACUUUAUCAAUUUACGGAUUCACGCCUUGAAAUGAUCAAGGCUCAGAUUGAUGCAAACGUUGAUGUUCUUGUUAGCGAGCAAGCUACUUUCAUUAUGACACAAACAGGGCUAAUCGAACUAUACCGAAAAGCUGCAGCUCAUCAACCAAGUCAGGGAGCGCUUUCUGAAAUCACUGGAAUGGAGCCGUCUCACAUAUCGAGCACACUGUUUUCAUUUGAUUCGUUUCUGGCAAGUCCUGACAAACAUAAGUUAGAUCAGUGGGUGAAAUUAUCAUCGGCUAGAAUAAGGGAUACAGUACGAGAGCGGACGAUUGAGACUGUGCUGGCAGCUUAUAGAAUAAUUUAUAAUAAACUAGUUGAUCCAAGUAACAAAUACCCUCAAUUGUCGAUUAAAACCGUUGAAGAGGUCCAGGAAUUACUGAAGGUGUGGACGUAGGAUAUGCAGAAUUUUAUUUCCAUAUUUAGUGAAGGAAGAUCAUAUUCAUUCAGUAUUGGAAAUACAAUCGUAAAUUUGCACUUCAUUGGUGUUUUCGUUCGGUAUCAUCUGGAAAAAACAUAUGUGUAUAUCUUUUCCUGCUUAUACUUGGGCCAUUACUGCUGUGAUAUCUCUGUUAUAUUUUUUAAAUUUCACAAUACUCGAUUGGUGGAAUUCGAAGACUG